GUUUCUGUGUUAAUAUGAAUCUAUUACAAGUAAAUAUAAUUUGCAAAGACUAAUGAUGUUGAAGAUAUGUUCACAGACAAGCUAGUGAUAGGAAGCAUACAGAACAAGAGAGACUCAAUCCUGUGAGAUGUUGGCAGUGUUGGUGGGAUCGCUGGGAGUGAGUGGGGCUCUGUACCUGCUACUGCGGCUCUUCUGGCCGGGAUGGUACUUGGACUGGAUCUACCGACGCAAUAGCCUGCGACUUGGUGCUGUCCUUAUGGGUUAUUUAGAGCAAGAGAAAUAUCUCAUUGACAUAUUUGAAGAGCAGGUCAAGCGCGGGCCUAAGAAGGCCCUGAUCAUAUUUCAAGACAGAAAAUACAGCUACGAGUAUUUCGAUCAGAAGAGCAGCCAGGCUGGGCGGGCAGGCAUCGAAAUUGGUCUCAAACCAGGGUCCACUGUGGCCAUCAUGAUCUACAAUGAACCAGAAUUUGUCUGGACAUACCUUGGAUUCAUGAAAGUUGGCUACCAGACUGCAUGUAUAAACUACAACUUGCGGUCCAAGUCUUUAGCCCACUCGAUCAAUGCCAGUGGAGCAAAUGUUCUCAUUCUGGGUCAAGGACCAGAGCUCCAUCAAGCCAUCCAGGAGAUCCUGCCUGACAUCUCCGGUGUCACAGUGUACAUUCAAGGCCCGCUUUCAGAGCCCAAACCUGUCACUUUCCUGUCAUUUGACCUUGUCAUGAACAACCUAUCUGAUGCCCCUAUUGACAGAUCGAUCAGGAAGCAUAUCACACCAUUCAGCACCAACGUACUCAUUUACACUUCGGGAACAACAGGUCUGCCCAAGCCUGCAAUUCGUGACCACCAGAGUUGUGUAAAGUCUGCAUUGUCCGGGAGGCAGCGUUGUCAGAUGGUAGCUGGGGAUGUCUUGUAUGAAGUACUGCCUUUGUAUCACUCUUCGGCUCUCAUAGUGGGCUUUGGGACGGUGCUCUCUAGCGGUGCUACAAUGGUCCUGAGAGACAAGUUUUCCGCGAAACAUUUCUGGGAAGACUGUCGCAAGUAUGAUGUGACUGUCAUCCAGUAUAUUGGCGAGGUCUGCAGAUACCUCGUUGCUCAACCAAAGAAUAAGCUAGAUGGUCAACACAAAGUGAGGGUUGCAGUUGGAAAUGGUUUACGUCAGGACAUCUGGACGGAGUUUCAGUCGCGCUUCAAUAUUCCCCGCAUUAUAGAGUUCUACGGAGCUACUGAAAACCCUUCUGGCUUUGUCAACCUCACUAACAAAGAAGGGGCCUGCGGACGGGCAUCGCCAUACCUGAGGCAGUUCAGCCCCGUGGCCUUUGUCAAGUGGGACAUUGAGGCCCAGGCCCCCUUCAGAAAUAGACAGGGAUUCUGUGUGCCUGUUGGGCCAGAUGCAGUUGGCCUGUUGAUUGUGCCAAUAUCAGAAGAGCGCUUUUCCUUCCAGGGCUACCGGGGCCCUAAGGAGGACACAGAGAAGAAAAUUCUGCGUGAUGUGUUUGAGAAGGGAGACCAGUACUUCAACAGCGGAGAUUUAAUGCGGAUAGAUAAGGAAUACUACUUGUAUUUUAAUGACCGUGUUGGUGACACUUUCAGAUGGAAAGGUGAAAAUGUGUCGACAACUGAAGUAAGCAACAUCCUUACCAGCCUCGAUUUUAUACAUGAUGCCAAUGUAUAUGGUGUUGCCAUUCCAGGCACAGAUGGCAGGGCAGGUAUGGUGUCCUUUCACAUGACAGAUGAGGGAGCGACCAGUCUCAGCCCUACCAUGUUGACUCAGAUCUCCCGCCAUGUGAACAAGAUGCUGCCCGGAUACGCCAGGCCAAGGUUUUUGCGAGUCCAGCCCCAGCUCCAGCUCACCUCUACCUUCAAGCAGCUGAAGGCCAUUCUAGUACGGGAAGGGUUCGAUCCCAUUCAGGUCCGCGACCCCCUUUACUUCCUGGACCCUGCCACCCAGGCCUACCGUCCGCUUGACAACACUGCCUACACCCAGAUAAUGGCCGGAAAUGUGCCCCUGUGAACUGUAUUUAGUAAAAGAUUGCACUAUUUUCUUCUGGUUACGUAACUUAAUGCUUUUAGAAUUUACAGGGUGACUGUUUGGGACCUUGAGAUAAACAUAGUGAAAACAUGUACCUGAACGAUGAUGUAGCCGAAAGUAGACAAUAUAACCCUUCUCAAUAUGUCUUUAAACCAGAAAUUUUAAGGCGUUAUUAUUUUUUUAUUGAACAUGUCUCCUUAAUUAUUCUAUCAUUUGAUUGUAUGUAUAACAGUCACAAUACACUGCUAUACUGCUGAUAAAUUCCACAGUAGCCAUUGCAGUGGUAUGCAUACCUCCUCGUUCAGCUGUUGCUACAGACAAGCAUACAUGACUUAAGGUAAAAUAACAACACUUAUUGCUCAUUCGGGAUGUUGAGUUUACUGGAUAAACAAGCAUAUUUGACCAUAGGAUUUUCAUUGUUAAAAUAAGUCAACUUUUCAAGACUCCAAUUUAAGCAAAAAUUUAAGAAAAACUCCUUAAUAAUUUAUUUAACAAAACAAAAUUGUACCAGGUAUAUGAAUUGGGUGGAAACUUACAUAUGAGAUUUACUGUUGUGAACACAAUUAAUCAUUGCUCGAAAUUUCCUUCA